AGGAACGGGAGGAUUGGCAUGGGUGCCACGCGCUAGAAGCACGGCCCUGCUUUCGAGGCGUUGCGACCGCGAUCUGCCUAAGGCCCCUGGCCAGAUGAAACUCGGGCACCUUCAACUGUCAGUCUGGUUAUGCUUAUUCGCCUGUCAGAGACGCAUAGUUGCCGUAGACUCUGUCGCACGUUGUGCGCGUAUUCACCCCAAAUGUAUCACAUUACCGCCUUGGCGCAAUCCCCCCUCACAAUGUCGCCAUGUUCGUUGAGCAUCAACGGCUACCGUCUUGCUGACCCGAUUGCAUAUGAGUAUAUAAAGACCCAGGCUUAGGCAUCAGGUUAGGUCAAAACCAGUCAUAACUGAUAUCCCUCCCAUUACUACAACAAUGCCGUCCCACGGAGAGAGAAAUAUGGAGCACGGAAGCGAUGCUUACGCUGCCACCUUCAACCAGGGCCACCUAGCCCUCCCACCUAGCCAGAGAUACACCAUCGUUACCUGCAUGGACGCACGAAUAGACCCAACAAGGGCAUUUGGAAUACCACUCGGAGCCGCCCAUGUCAUCCGCAACGCAGGCGCAUCUGUACGCGACGCCUUCCGAUCAAUCAUCAUCUCACAACAAUUGCUCGGCACAAGGGAGGUGAUGGUUGUCAAGCAUACCGGAUGCGGCAUGCUCACAUUCGACAACCCCACUGCGAAAGCCAUCAUCUCCAAGAAGAGGGGAGAGGUCGCCGCAAGAGAGGUGGAGCACAUGGACUUUCAGACCUUCCACAAUCUGGAGAUCCAGGUCAAGAAGGAUGUACAAUGGCUGCGCAUCAAAGCAGUAGAGGAAAAUAUUCGUUUUAGUGGCUGGAUAUACGACGUGGAGACGGGGAGGACAAAGCGGAUAGUCUGAUGUUGUUCCCCGAUAGCUCAUGGUGAGCCAGUACG